CGGGCCUGUAGCGAGCGCCAUGGCGGCGGCAGGAGCAGGAGGAAGAGCAUGCGGCGGGGAGCGAGAGACGGCGGCCUCGGGGACCCCCGCCAGCGGCACCUUUGUGGCAGGGACGCCCUGCGCCUUCUCUCCCAGCGAGCGGCGCCUCCUGGCCCUUUCCGGGCUGGACGGGCGGCUCCGCGUGUGGGAGACGCCGAGCAGCCGCUUGCAGCACGAGUACGUGCCUUCUGCCCACCUCAGCGCCGCCUGCACCUGCCUGGCCUGGGCCCCGCCAGGCGCGGGGGGAGGCCGGACGGCUCCUAGCAAGGAAGGUCCUCAGAGGAAGAAGAGGAAAUCUGAAGCCGUAGAAGCUGGUGAACAGUUAGAUCUUUUGGCUAUUGGAACUGCUGUUGGCAGCAUUUUAUUAUACAGCACAAUAAAAGGAGAAUUACAGAGCAAACUAAACGGCCAUGACAAUAAAAUAAACUGUGUACGGUGGCAUCAAGACAAUGGUUGCUUAUAUAGCUGUUCAGAUGACAAAAAUAUUGUGGAAUGGAACACACAGACAUGCAAAGUGAAAUGCAAAUGGAAAGGAGACAACAGCAGUGUGAGCUCAUUGUGUAUCAGUCCUGAUGGGAAGAUGCUUCUUUCUGCUGGUCGAUCUAUCAAAUUGUGGGACUUGGAGACCAAAGAAGUCUACAGACAUUUCACAGGACAUGCCACAGCAGUUUCAACGCUUACAUUCAUCACAGUUAGGCCUCCCAAUGAAAACCAACCCUUUGAUGGGAUUACUGGGCUCUAUUUCUUGUCUGGGGCAGUGCACGACCGGUUACUGAAUGUGUGGCAGGUGAGGUCAGACAGGAAAGAAAAGAAUGCUGUCAUGUCGUUUACAGUUACAGACGAACCAAUCCAUGUUGACCUCACGAUAUCAGAAAGCAAAGAAGAGCCUGUGAAACUAGCAGUUGUAUGCAGAGAUGGGCAGUUGCACUUAUUUGAGCAAGUUUUGAAUGGGUACUGCAAAAAGCCCUUGACAUCAAGCCGUACUAUCCAGAUAGCAACACCUGGAGAGGGUAUCGAUUCCACACCAAAGCCAGUUCCUAUUCUGGCAGCUGCAUUUUGUUCAGACAAGCAGUCCUUAAUACUUGUGUAUGGAAAUUCUUUACAACCUGUCAUUGAGAGAGUGACCCUAAAUACUCUAGAAUCUCACACAUGCUUAGUGAGGGAUGUUCAGAAGACCCUGGCACUUAAAACAGAAAUGGCUAUAACAAAGGUGAAGACUCCCAUAGUCAACUCAGAAGCCAAAAUGCUAAUACCUGGAAUUCCUGGGCAUAGUGCAGCUAUCAGAUCUUCAUCUUGUGGAAAGAAAGUUGAAAAUAAGAGGAAGCCGGGUGGCAAAGAGGAGAGCAUUGAAGACCGCCUUGGUGCAAUGGAUAUUGAUGUGAUGAAAAUAAAAUCGUCAUCGGGAGGCCUUCCACAGACUGACAAUUUUGCAGUGCUCUUACUUCAGGGUUUGGAAAGCAAUGAUCUUGAGAUCUUAAAUAAGGUGCUUCAAAUCAAGAAGGAAGUGGCAAUAAAGAAAACUGUAGCCAGAAUACCGGUACAUGCUGUCAUUCCACUAUUGCAUGAGCUGACAAAAAGAUUGCAAGGUCACCCAUACUGUGCCUCACAAAUGGUCCGAUGGUUAAAGUCCGUUUUAACUACCCAUGCAUCUUACCUUUCAACAUUGCCCAAUCUGGUCCCCCAGCUGGGAAUGCUGUAUCAGUUGAUGGAGAGCAGAGUGAAGACCUUGCAGAAGCUCUCUCGUUUACAUGGGAAACUCUAUCUUCUUAUCACCCAGGUUGCUGCAUUAGAACAGGCUCAGGACAAAACCGAUGUUAACCAGACAGCAAAGCUUGUGUAUGAAGAAGAAUCAUCAGAAGAAGGAUCAGAUGAUGAGAUGGCUGCCGAAAAAGAUUCAGAUGAGGACUGGGAUGAAGAUGACGAGGGAGAGGAACAAUCAGACAAUGAGCAAGAAAUGGCUGUAGAAAAAGAAAUCAAUGGAGAAUCAGAUUUGGACCCAGAAAAUGAAAGCGAAGAAGAAUAACAUGUACUUUUAAAAGACACCAAACCUAUUAGAAAGGGCUGGCCACCAAAACUUUGAAUGAACCGCUAUACUGAAAACCGUGUGCAUCACACAAGGACUCAGUAUCUGGUUGACAGAUGCGAGAGGGCAUAUUGGGACACUCUUGCUAGCCCAGAAUGUGUGACCAUGCCAGCCUUCACUGCUCCACCCCAAACUUUGUGGGAUCACAAUGAAACACCUCUGCAAAUUUUCCCACUUACUUGGAGAUUUCAUUUUGCAUCUCGGAUGGAAUAUCUUGCCAAGGCCCACUGGACGGUAAUCUUCUUGCAGCUCUUGUUCUGUCAGUUCCUAAUCCUGAAGGAUUGAAGACCACUCUUAUCUUAAAUGCCUUUAGUUAGUACUUGCCGGUUAGAUUCUCGCUACCCUUUUUGGGAAGAAAAAUAUUUUUGUAAAAUAUGCUGUUGAAUUUAUUGAUAGUUCGCCACCCUGCCCACUUCCAUGCCUUGGCAAUGAUGUGAUGCCAUCCCAGUUGAAAACAACCUUUACUUUAAAAAACCAAACUGACUUUUUAUAUACGUGUGUGUGUAAAUUGGUCAUUUUUUUCUUAUACUUUUUAAAAAAUCCUGUUGGACUCAUUGGUGGUUCCUAACUUGUUUUAACUGAGCUUGUAAAUAAGUUUAGUGUUGACCCAGAGAGAGUUCAUCUUCAUAAGGGUGAGGAUUUAAAAAGAGAAUAAUGAAAGGGAGGGCAGAUGAUUGUGAAUAUGUAACACAAAGCCUAUACAUUUAUUAUGAAUUUUUAAUCUUGGGGGCAGAAAUGAGGUUGCUGUUUAUUCAGUUAAGCUGAAUGACUAUAAACAGUUUUUAAGAACAAGAUUAGGUAACAGUUUUGAGCCAUUCACCAAUAUGUACAGUUAUAUUUGUCUAUAAUUGGAGCUGUUGCAACCAAAUACUGCCCUCUUUGUAAAGUCAAUAAAUAUGCUUCUCCUUU